AUGAAGACGCGCGCCGCCUUUUACCUACGCGCCUCGCCCUUCACGCGGCUGGCGCGCCGUCUGGCUCGCGCCCUCCGCCGCCCACGACACUACGCGCGCUCGCCCUUCUCGCCUAUCAACCUGCAUCAGGUCAAGCACGAGUGUACCCUGGCAAUGGCUGGCGGUGUAGGCGCCGGUAUAGGAGCGGAGGUGCGCGGGGCGGCACGCGCACGCGGCCCGGUAGGCGCGGUGGCGGCACGGCUGGCGGCGGCGCACGGGGGCGCUGCGCCGCGCGCUCAGGACUGGCUCACGCUUACGCCACGUGACCGCAUGCCCGCGCCCAACCACGUCGCCUUCCCCAAGCCUCCCAAAGCGCCAGAUGGCAGCUUGAUGUACGAGCGCGUAGCUUCGCGCGCGGAACUGGAGGCGCGCCGCAACGAACCCGCCCCUGCGCCUGUGCUGACCCCCGCCCCGCCGCUCAAACGCCGCGCUUAUGACGACAUUAACGGACUCGACAGAGCGGGCGUGGGAGUGGGUGGAGGUCGUGAGGUGCCCGCGCCGCCGCCCGCCAAGCGGCCCAACAAGCACCCCGCGCCCAUGCAGCGGCCCUCGCGCGAGCAGUACGCCGCCAUGUGCGCGCGCGCUCAGGCCACAGGGCAGCCGCUGCCUGCGCACGUCUUCACACACGUAAACGGCAAGCCGACGAACCUGACAGGUCGCGGCGGCCGGCGCCACGUCAUCUCGUGGAUGGACGCCCCCGAUGACCUUUACUUCAGAGCCACCGACCUCGCCAAGGCGGGUCGACGGACACUGAGCAGCGGCGAGCUGCGCCGGGGGGCACGCGCGCCGUGGCGGGCCAUGCGAGGCGCGGCGGUCGUGGGGGGC